CUCUUUCGUUACUUUUCUGGUUCACUCCUACUCUUUCCGAAACUCCGCUCCAGGCUGCCUUCUGCGGGACGCCGGGUCCCGGGACUCCCCUCUGCUGCCAGGGUCGAGGUGCUCCUGGGAGGCGGGGCCGGCAUUAGCCUAGCAACACCCCGAGUUUCCACCAGGGGGCGCGAGGACCCCGCGACCGAACGUGCGUCCACCGGGAGGCGCUGCAGCCCGCCUCUGGCUGCCGCGGGGUGCGGAGCGCGACCCAUCAGCGAGCCCCGCCUGACUGGGAGAGGCAGGAGGUCAAUCGGAAACCACUGGUUAGUGCUGAGAAGAGGACCCCGGUGUCCCGGCAGUGGGGACCCAGGGGAAAUGGAAAUUGGGCAUCUAGAGAGCUGCAUCUGGGGACGUCUUUGGCUCUGAGACCCUUGCCACCUGCCUCUCCUCCCACUCAUGGCCCAGCUGGUGGUCCCUCGCCACCCUGGCCCCAUUGACGCUGCCUUGAGAGACGCUCCAAAGUAGAGGCUCAGAGCUUGGAGCAACCAUGGGCACCGAGAAAGAAGAGCCCGACUGUCAGAAACAGUUCCAGGCAGCAGUGAGCGUCAUUCAGAACCUGCCUAAGAAUGGCUCUUACCGCCCCUCCUAUGAAGAGAUGCUGCGAUUCUACAGCUACUACAAGCAGGCUACCAUGGGGCCCUGCCUGGUCCCCCGGCCUGGGUUCUGGGACCCCAUUGGACGUUACAAGUGGGAUGCCUGGAACAGCCUGGGCAAGAUGAGCAGAGAGGAAGCCAUGUCCGCCUACAUCUCAGAGAUGAAGCUGGUGGCACAGAAGGUGAUUGACACAGUGCCCCUGGGCGAGGUGGCGGAGAAUAUGUUUGGUUAUUUCGAGCCCCUGUACCAAGUGAUCCCCGACAUGCCGAGGCCCCCAGAAACCUUCCUGAGAAGGGUCACAGGUUGGAAAGAGCCAGCACCGCAGAGAGCCGAUCAGGCUGCUCCAGAGCCUUCUAGCCAACUCAGGGAGCCACUACCUCCAAGUCCAGAGUCCCAGCCACCCAGAGACUUGGACCUGGAUGUUUUCUGUGACUCCGUGGAGCACCUAGAGCCAGAGCUGGUGAGAUCGCCCCUCUUGUCCCCUGUUCCCGUGUCCGAGCUGCCCCACCUCCAUCUUGGGACCUGGGGCUCAUCUGAGCAGGUUUGGGCAGAGCAGAAGGAAGCAGCUGGCAGAGAGCUGGACACCAGAAGCAGCCCCGAGUCCCCCGGUGAGAAAGAGGGGUUGGGCGGCAGCCUGGUGGAGCCCCAGGAAUUGGACAGAUGGCUGGUGGGGACAGUCCAGGCCAUGCAGGAAAGCAUGAGGGAUGUUCAGAGGAGGCUGCAGAGCCUGGAGAGCAAGCCCCAGCUACCUGAGCAGGCCUGGUGCCGGUGGAGGUCAGAAGAGAACAUGGGAUCCCUGGAACUGGACUUACGGUUGGGAGCUGUGUCUGGCCCUCUGCAAGAACAAGUGCUCUUAACUACUGAGGCGCCUCCUCCAGUACCUGUGCCCCUUCUCCCUCUUUGUUCCUGGUUUCCUGGCGCGGCCUAAGCAACGGAUGAAGAAAAGCAGGCUUUUCAGGCAGACCAGGGUUUCUGAGAGCGCGUGGAAAACAAGCUGGAAUGGUCAUCUUCAAAACAUCUCAAUGCGCCCCCCCCUCCCCCCCAGGGGCAUUCCUGUUUGCUUUCCCUCCGAGGCAGUCUGUCACUAAAGUGCAGCCCCACCCAGCACUCUGAGGUGCUUAAACCCUUUUACUUAUAAAACACCUUUAACUGGGGAGGUGACAUGUACCUAUAGUUGCAAUUACCGUGGCGAUUAAGGCAAAAUCUGCAUUUCAGGCAAGACUGCAGUAUAUAAUGAGGCCUUGCCUUAAAAACAAAACAAAACGUCCUUCCUUCCAUUUCCCAGUCAACGGCUCCACAGCAUCUGUCCACAAAUUCCCAAGCUCCCAGCAGUUUGGGUCACAAGUUGCUACUUAAGUUGCUACUUGGAUUUUCUUGCUAUUUUGGCUCCCUGUGGCUAGUCUUCAUAGUGAAGUCCAGGCAACUUGAAACUCAAGAACUAUUUUUCCCCCUAACAAAUGACUGUCAAACGCAUAACAGUCUGCAGAGGUCUGAAGCUUCAAGUUACUAGAAAUUCUCAAUCCAGAGUUCUUGAGGGGAUGGGGAAAAAAGGAUUUUGUGCUUUGCUUUUAAAUUGUUUUUAUUAUUUCACA